AUGGGUAAAGAUUCUUGCACAGGACCUCGAAUAACCGGGGUAAAAGUGCUAAAUACUAUUGAAAUUUUAAAGUAUUCAGUGGAAAAAAAAUGUAUACUAACUCGUUGGAAACGGAAAAAAAUGAGUCAAGAACAACCAAUAAAAUAUGGGGACGUGUUCGAGGUCUCAAGCCAACUUGCUUCAAAACCUGUAGCGCCACAAGAUGCAACUAUCAUGCAGUCAGCUGAGAGUAUAGCACUAGGUCAUGUUCCAAAAGGGGGUCCUGCAUCAAUUAUGCAGUCAGCCACCGCUCAGAAUGAGCGUAUUGGUGCCGUAAGCCGUGAUGACAUGACGGAUAUCGCCAGAGAUGAAGGUGUCACCGUCUCUCAAGCAGAAGUUGGGGGCACUCGCCUUGUUUCAGAAGCUGUCGGUGGCGAGGUUGUUGGACAAUAUAUUUAUCCAUCAGAAGCAGGUGAUGGAGAAAGAGCUGCACGAUAUCCUACAACAGGAGUUCAGUCCGAGUCCACUACCAUAGGUGAAGCUUUGGAGGCAGUAGCACUUACUGCAGGGGAUAAACCAAUUGAGCAGAGCGACGCAGCAGCGAUACAGGCUGCAGAAGUAAGAGCUACAGGACUAGGUGAGGUGAUGCCGGGAGGUAUAGGAGCAGAAGCUCAACAUGCAGCUGCUAUAAAUGCUCGAACCACGCCAGAGGAUGAUAAGACUACUCUCAGUGAUGUUCUAACAGAUGAAACGAGCAGGCUUAUAGGUGACAAGGCAGUGAAGAAGGAAGAUGCAGAAGGAGUAGUGGGUGCUGAAAUAAGGACUAAGAGUGACUUGGCUACACACCUUGGAGGCGUAGCAGCAUCUAUGGCCGUAGCAUCCAGUCUGAACGAAUUCUAAAUCAGCGUUUGAGCACAAUCCGAAAUAUAAUGGGUCUUUUUGUCUGGGUUCUGGUCUUUGUUCCAAGCUAGUAGUUUUGUGUAUACACAAAACCAUCAUCUGUUUUUGGGUAAAGGUAUUCUCUUAGAGUGUAGGCUUGUAUGGUGGUUUUGCAAGUUUUGUGAACUUUUCAGGCGUAUAACUGGGGAAGUUUAUGUUAAUAGCAAAGUCAGCACGAGUUCUUUGGUCGAUUAGAGCUUAAUCCAUUUCUUUCUUAUCCUUUUUUUCUAAUUAGCAUUACUUAGAUCGGAUGUCAAUUGAGUUCAAAUGUUCCAAUUAUAUUCAUGGUCA